AUUUCAGGUAAAACCUCUGUAUUUUGACAUUGUGUUAUGACUACUUUUACUUAAGUGAAUAAUCUAACUACUUGAAGGGAAAUUCAAACUAAAUAUAUAAUUGUAACAAGAUGGAAGAUCUGCAGUUAAGAGGCAGAAACACAGCUCCCCUGAAUGAAUAAGGGAGUAAAAGUACACAAGUAUUAUCAGCAAAAAGUACUCGUUCACAGACAAAUGUCCUCUGUGACUGGAAUAUUGUCAUAAAUAACAUUGUUAGAUUUGCAUCAGUGUGUCGGAAGCAUUUUAUUGUUGUAGCUGCCGGUGGAGCUAUUUUUAACUACUUUAUUUACUGCUGGGUAGUUUAGUCCAGUGGUCCCCAACCUCUGGGUCGGGCCCCUCCUAAGGGUCACCAGAUACAUCUGAGGGGCAGAUUUAUGUUCAUUUUGUUGACUUUUCUUUAAACUAUUGCAUAUUUUAACUUCUAUAUUUUUAAAUGAAAACAUGUGACGGGUUUAAAAAAGGGGAAUGUCUCUUUUGUGGAACUGCUAACGACUCGUAGACGGUUGAGGUGUGACAAGAUCACUUAAGUUAAUUCUGUUUUAAUAGUAGUCAUUUUUGAAUUAGUGGUUGGCGUUGUUGAUGAGUCGGAAAACACGGGGCUUUCACACAGGAGACAGCUCUUCAUGUCCCGUGUGAACCAAAUACUUUUGAUUUGUUUUCUUUCUAUUUCACAGUCAUUUCAAUGAUAUUUUUUACUAAACCUAACCUAGUUUUGUAAAGUAAAAAAUACAAAACAUUAACCACGUUUUUAAAGCUAUUUAAAAUCCCAGAGAAAAUGCAUUUCCCUCAAAAGCUGCCGACCUACCAAGCGCCAGUGAUGUUGGGAGUGGUGCCUGCGAAGAGCUCAGAGGACGUAAAAAGACAAAACCUGCCGCGGCUCGUUCAGCCUGCUGCCGUCUGACGAGAGAUGCAAACGCAUCAUCGGCUGCUGUAUCAGCAGACCUCAGAUCAGCCUCUUCCACUCCGGCUGUGAGACUCCUCAACUCGGCCUCCAGCCUCCACAUAUGAUGGACUCUGGCUUUUUUCGGACACUGAACCUUUGAUUCAGUUUAGUUGCAUUGAGUCAUACUUGUCUUACUAUAGUAACUUAUAGCUGUCAAAUAAAUGUAGUGGUGUGAACAUUUAAAUGUUUCCCCCCUGGAAGUCCAUGUCCACCUUUUAGAGAGAGAUUUUUGAUCUUUCUGGCUGUUGAUUAACAACCACAAUGUUUUAUCAGGUUGUAAAUGUUUAAAGUAAAUUCUAUGAUGUACUUUGUGUUCGACUUUCCGUUUUAUGAAAAAGAAUCAAUCGAUCUGCUUUUAAGCACAUUUCAAGUUUCUUAAUGAACAACAACAACAACAAAAAGAGUUUUUGGUUAAUUGCCAAAAAAGAUCCAAAGGUUUUUCAGUCGCAUUAAUGAAUGACGUGUGUGUGUUUUGUGCAGCUACAAGCGCUCACACACAUCACAUGAGAGCACUGUGAUGAAUGUCCUCAUUGAAUUUGCACAGUUUCUGAGAGCUGCUCUGUUCUUACAUGAAGGUCUUACACGGAGGUUGAGGAAAGAUUUCUAAACGUUUGUCUUUAAUACUGAAAUUAACAACACAAUUCACAACAAAUUAAAAGUAAGGGAGAUUUUAAAGCAACAGCUGCUUGCAUUUUCUAAUUGAAGAACCCAGACUGGGUGGUUUUCACUCGCUCUCUGCAGACCUUUAUGGUACCUCUUCUGGGUACUUACUAUCACUGCAAUGCUAAUUGCUCCCACAUUGUCUACCCCUCCGAGCAUACGUGCUGUUUUUGUUUUGUUCAGGGGAGCCGAUCAGAAAAUAUUUCAGCAGAAGUUUCCACAAAAAUAUAACAAGGCAGAGAAUUUAGUAAAAGGUGACUCAUCGAGGCCCCGGCAAAAACAAUCUCUCUCACAGAAACCCCCCCCAAAAAAACAAUAACCUACAGUGCAGAAUUAAUUGCAUUUACUCAGAACUCGCGGAAACGCACGUUAUCUUAGUCACUCGUUCUCGGUUCUGCAGCUGAACACAGUAUAAAAUAGAAACGUCACUGCACACGAAAAACAAAAAAAGCCCCCUUUGUGUGCAUAGAUAGCACUGUCAUAGGUCAGCAUGUCACACGGGAUGUAGGGCUACUUCCCCCUUCCUUCCCUUUUCAAGUCAUAUCACCGGCAGCAUGCUUCCUGCAUUCAUGUGUUUGUUUGUAACCUGUGUGAUCUGGACUCUCUCCCAUGUGCCGCAGCACCAUGGCCGCCUUCCAGCUGCUCUUCCAGCUGCUCUUCCAGCUGCUCUUCCCGCUGCUGGUCAGCUGCGUGGCGACGUCCACACGUCCUCCCCGCCACCUCUCUGCAUGCCAAGUUGUCCAGAUGGAUGUGUUUUGCAGUGACCUGAGCCUCAAAAGUGCCCCUGUCAACCUCCCCCGUGGCGUCCAAACGCUGGACCUCUCUCGUAACCAGGUGCAGAAUCUCACCCAGGAAACUCUGGCGUACCACACCGGCUUCCACCACCUGAACCUUCGCUCCAACAAGAUCCACUUCAUCCAGCCGGGUCUCUUCAAAGACAUGACCGAGCUGAAAGUCUUGGAUCUGUCCAGAAAUCAUCUGAAUGUUUUCGCUCUCUCCAAAAUCAACGUCGGGCCCCUCACGGCCGUGAAGUCGCUGGAUCUGUCGAGCAACGGGCUGUACACGGGGAUGUCGGACUAUUUCCUGGCCGAGUCUCCGUCGCUGGAGAACCUUUCUCUGAACGGCAACAGCAUCACCAAAAUAUCACAAACUACCUUCAGAGGAUCCGCGUCGUUGAGAAAAAUCGGCCUCCACAACAACGUCAUCCUGGAGAUCGAAGACGGCGCUUUCGACUCCCUGAAUCGUCUGACUGAACUCGAUUUGUCCAAGAACUCCAUCACCUGCAUCACGGACUUCAACCUCUGCAACUUAAAAGUGCUCAAUCUCAGCAAAAAUAGCAUGGAGUUUUUCCAAAGCGCAACAUCGGCAGAUUACUAUAAUCUGCUCUCACUCGAUCUGAGUGAAAACAAAAUGUCUUACUUUCCCCUUCUCCCCAGAAACAACAGGCUGGAAUACUUGGACGUUUCACGAAACCGACUUCAGAGCGUCAACGUCACGGGGAGUCCUGAAAAAAAGGUGUUUUUUUAUCACCUGAGAUACCUAGACAUGAGUUACAACCAACUCAAAAGCAUACCGGAGUCCUUUUUUUACUGCAUGCGAUCCCUCGAGGUCCUGAACGUGAGCAACAACUGCAUCAACUCGUUCUCUGUCGCUAACGAAGGCCUUCUGCACACUGUGAAGAUCAUUAAUCUCAGCUAUAAUCCGCUGCAGAGCCUGACAUUCGGGGAAAAUACUUUGCAAUCGCUGGAAAAGCUCUUCCUCAUCGGAAACGACCUCGCCACCCUGGACCAUCGCAUAUUUCAAAGGCUUCCGAGCAUCAAACACCUGGAGCUUCAGCGGAAUAAUCUGCAAAUCUGUUCCUCGGACCAAAACCAGCAGGAUCCUCUGGGUUGCGUCUCCUUUUCUUCUGUCCCAAACCUGCAGUACCUGGAUCUGUCCGAAAACAAUCUGAGAACUCUGCCUGCGAAUGCGUUUUCCAACAGCCCUCUGACAUUACUGGACUUGUCCCUGAACCUAGGCUUGGACAUGGACAAAGACUCCCUCUCCAGUCUGGAGCAUUCCCUGGUCCACCUCCUCCUGAGAGAAAACAACAUUUCCAGUCUAAACACGGACUUGUCGUCGCUGAUGAGUCUCAAACACAUCGACCUGUCCACCAACCAGCUGACCGCUCUACCCGUGUGGAACAAAGACUCCUCCAUCGAGUCCCUGAACCUGCGGAACAACAACCUGGUCACCCUGGAGUACAGCACCAUGCUCGCCCUGGAGCACUCACUAAAAACCCUCUACAUGGGCUCCAACCCGCUGAGCUGCUGCAACAACCUAGACUUCCUCCACAUGGUGCAGAACUCGGCGGUGGUCGUUCCCGACAUCGAGACCGUGACAUGCGUUCACGAGGAGUAUUCGGAGCCGGUCAACAUCGAGAAGGUGACCCAGGAAAUGUGCCAUAGGUCGGGCGUCCAGAACGUCGUCAUAGCCGUCGUGGUGACGGUGUUAGUUGCAGUGAUCGUGUUGGUGCUGCUUGUUAAAUUUUGCCACUCGAGGAAACCGAAGCACAACCGAAGCUUCAACGCUUAAUGUGAAGGAAUUACAUUUUUUAAACCAGAGACAGAAGAAGAAAAAAACAUGAAUGUUGUGUCUACAAAGUCACUCAAAGACGUGAGAAGGGACCAUUUAUUGCCUUGACUUUGGUUUACCACGACCGACUUUGCCCCUGGAGUGAAUACAUCAGAAUGUAGUCAACAGCGGAAGAAGCAACCACAAUGGCUGCCACCAAUGAAGAAGACACAUGCCAUAUUGUCUCCUAAAUAAAGACCAUAGAGUGUUGCAGGAAUUAAUCCAAAAAUCCUAACGAGUUUUUGGUUAAAAUAAAGUCUGUGGUUAUUUUCUACAUUUUGUUCUACGAUAUAUGAAACAUGUCAGUAAAUACCACUCUGGUGACUUUUGAAUGUUUCACGUGUGCCUUUAAAAAGGCGGUUGCAGCGACCUGUUCGUCCACCUUAGCUUAGCAUAAGGACUGGAAACAGCUAGCUCAGCUCAGGUCAAAGUAACAACAUGUGCCUAACAACUCUUCGAAACCUCACUCAUUAAAAUGAUCUUCUGAGUUUAAUUUGUACGCAGUAACUACAGGAAGUGACUGUGCCCGAAUGUGUCGUUUUUACAUGAAACAAAUGAGGUUUAAUGAGGGAGGUUUGGAGGUGCUAGUAGCCAGAGCUAAGCUAAGCUAACAGACUGUGAGCUUUUGCUUCAUAUUUGCAGUACAGAGACAAGAGCGGUUUCAUCUAACUUACAGCGAGAAAGCAAAUAUGCACAUUUUCUAUCUUUAAUAUUGAACUAUUCCUUUCGAGGGACUUUUGAAAAUGUUUAUAUGAAUUAAUAAGUGAGAAAUGAAACAAAGUCAGACGUCUUCACUCAGUGACUUUAAGAAUAAAGGAAGACAAACACUACAAAAGAUCAGGAAACAAAAGGCUUUAUUCAUGGCAGAUGAAGUAUGAUUCAUGAUAUAUGUAGAUUGUCAAAAAGAGUUUUUUAUAAAGCAAUCCAACCAGUUUCUUUACCCAUUUGAUGUGGUUUGCACUUUAAAUUCCUUCUUGUUUGUGUUAUUGUGUCUCAUUCUGUGACUGUUUUUAACACUAAGAAUACUUUUGUUACUAUAUAAGCUGGAUAUUUAAAACGGGAUGUUCUCUGUAUUGAUCCCAGGCCUGUGGUGCAAUGCAAAAAUAUCUUUUAAUUUGACAUGAAAAGCUGAAAGCUGGGCUUAAAGCUAUGAAAUUAAUAACUGUGAUACUCUGAUAUGGAAGUUUAAAAUACAUACUGUUUAUUUUUUUAGAUAAAUAAAUCUAGUGGGCAACACUGGGAUCCACAGUUUCAUACCAUUUUAGUGUGUUUGCUACUUUUCUCAUUCUGUGAUUUUUGAAUAUUUUGUACCAUAUGAAGGCCAUUUUCUACACACAAAAAUAAUUUCCUACUUUGUGGGAAAUUAUUUUAUAUAAAGAAACAUGUAAACCUCUGAACGUAGUAUUCACACCAACCCAUUUCUUGUCACCUCAUUAUUCAGCUACUUAAUAUGCUUAAUUUGUUUUUGUUUUUUUGGAGUUUGGGGCAAGAAACGACACUUAAUAAAUUAUAUUAACUGAA